UGGCGAGAAAGCUUUUAAAGAUGUUUUUUUUGGCAUCUUGGAAACAUGAUACUGGAUUGAAAAAACAAUAGACAAGACUAGACAUAACAAUUCAGUAUAUAGUACUCUCCCACCCUAUUUACGGUUUAAACUUGGUUAUCUUGCAUUACCAUUUUAAAGAUAAUUCUUUCCCUCACGUUUCUUUGUUCCUUAGCACUGAUCGUCCCUUGUUUGUAAAUUGGGACUGCAGACUGUCUUCAAAAUUGUCCUGUACCAUCAAUCUACAAAGGAGCUGUCGCUUUCAAUAGACAAGGAUGAUUCUUCUAACAGAGAUGCAAAUACGAUGAAAACACGUCACCAAGAGGAGAUUUAAGGGUAUUAUUCAGGUGGCUAUAUGAAUUGUAAAUUCUGCCGUUAUCAUUAAAAGAACGGGGACAAGGUACAGGUGAUAGGAUGUGGGGAAAUACCUGGAAAGAAAUCGCUUUUUGCGUGUGAACACCAUUUUCUUGUGGCUGUCAAGCUCGAUGUUGGAUUUGAUACCCACAUGGCAGUCUUUGGCAUAGUUGUCAUAGUGCUUUCGUGGUAUUUGGAUACGGUCGCGAGCGAUGGAAGCAAGCCACAUAAGUUACAAGCCACUGAAUUGUACAAAAAUACCGUGCAUUACUGGCCUUUUGAAGAAGUCUCCAACAGAAGCGUCAUCGAUUAUACCGGUUAUAACGACGGCCGCUUAAGGGGAAGCUUUAAUAUCAUCUCUGGUAUCGUUGGUGCUGCUCUGGAGAUCUCGGGCAAUAGUUCUUGGGUAGACUUUGGCGUGUUACCAAGUUUGUGCAUUAAUCACCCUGAGACAUGUCGAUCAGGGUUUACAAUCGCUCUCUGGCUCAAAAUUCAAGGUUUCCAAAACAACAGAAUUAUUCUACAAUUAGGACAGCAUCGUUUUUCGCGAAGUUUAACGAUUUGGACGCAAAGGAGUCUGAGAAAGAACAUAGGAUUCAGCACUAACACUUUAAAUGGCAAGUACUACUGGAUGCUAGAAUGGAAGAACGACAACUGGAAUCACAUUGCACUCAAAUGGGACAAUAGAGCCGGUAGUUUGAGGAUUUAUUUUAAUUGCACUUUAGCCAAGGUCGUAAACAAAAGUAAAAAGGCUACGCCUUUGGAGGAAAAUAAACCAUCGAGACUUACUUUAGGAGCUAGCCAUGCGAAAAAAAAUCAUAUGAAAUUGAUGGUUGACGAAUUUGCCAUUUGGAACCACACUGUGUCAGAUGACCUACUGUGCAAGGUGUUCAGAAUUCGCUCAGUGGAUAAAAAUUACAGUGAGUGGUCUGAUUUUAGCCCUUGUUCAGUAUCUUGUGGUAAUGGCACGAUGAAACGGACAAGGAACUGUAGCCUACCAUUACCAACAAAUCGUGAUCAACACAACUGUUCUUUUAUUGGACCCUCCGAGGAAGUAAAGUCGUGCUUUUUACGGGAAUGUCCGCUGGACGAAAACUAUUCACAAUGGUCAGUAUUUAACAAUUGUAGCAAGACCUGUGGUGGCGGAAUCAAGAAAAGAAGUAGGACUUGUUCAAACCCGGAGUCUGGACUCGGUGGUAGAAAUUGUUCUAGUCUAGGAUUGACGAUCGAAGUUAAAAACUGCAAUACACAACCUUGUCCUAUAGAUGGAGGGUACAGUGAGUGGACGGAGUUUUCACGAUGUACAGUUUCUUGUGGAAAUGGAACGAGACAUAGAACUCGAAGUUGUUCCCGUCCACAACCUAAAUAUGGUGGGAGGGACUGUGCGCAUUUAGGAUCAAAUAUAGAAAUUGCGAUUUGCAACAAUACUUUUUGCCCGACUCACGGAGGCUUUAGCGAAUGGUCAACGUUCAGCAAAUGUACAAGAACAUGCGAUAAGGGUAUUCAAAAGAGGUCUAGAAAAUGUUCUAAUCCCGAGCCGAGCCAUGGCGGAAAGGAUUGCUCGAGUUUGGGAGCACAUGUAGAGACAAGGGUAUGCAAUACUCAACAUUGCCCAGUAAAUGGUGGAUUUACCGAGUGGACGAGAUGGGGUGAAUGUAGUAGGUCAUGCGGAGUUGGAAUUAAAAACAGAACGCGAUCCUGUAGUGAUCCUAUUCCUAUGUAUGGCGGAAACGAGUGUGAUGGAGAUACAAUCAAGUUUGCAGUUUGCAAUAUUGAUCUGUGCCGGGUUGAUGGAAACUAUUCUUCAUGGUCAAAGUUUAGUGCUUGUAGCAAAAGCUGUGCUGGUGGUAAAAUGAAACGAACAAGAACGUGCACUAAUCCACCUCCAGAUAAUGGAGAGGAUUGUUCGCUGCUUGGUUCAGCAAUAGAAAUUAGAAACUGCAACACUUUUCCAUGUCCAAUAAAUGGUAAUUAUUCAUCGUGGUCUAACUUCAGUUUGUGUAGUAAAAGUUGCGGUAAUGGUACGAUGGAAAGAACGAGAAAUUGUUCAAAUCCAGAGCCAAAACACGGUGGCAUGAAUUGCUCUUACUUAGGCCUUCCAAAGGAGGUAAAAAGUUGUAACGCAUUUCCUUGUCCGAUACAUGGUAAUUUUUCUUCCUGGUCACUUUUUAGCGUUUGCAGUAAAAGCUGUGGAAAUGGGAAAAAGACCAGAACUAGAUCAUGUUCAAAUCCUGUUCCAAAACAUGGUGGUAAAAACUGUUCUGCGCUUGAACCUCUAAAAGAGGUGCGUAGUUGUAACACCUUCCCCUGUCCUGUUCAUGGAAACUACUCGCCUUGGUCAAAUUUUAGCAGUUGUUCUAAAAGUUGUGGUAAUGGUAAAAUGGUACGAACACGAAAAUGUUCAAAUCCUACGCCAAAGCAUGGUGGAAGAAAUUGUUCAUUGUUUGGGCACUCGACAGAAGUUCGAAGCUGCAAUGCAUUCCCCUGCCCAGUUCACGGAAAUUAUUCGACGUGGUCCAAUUUCAGUGCAUGUAGUAAAAGUUGCGGAAAUGGGACAAUGUCACGAUUUAGAAACUGUACCAAUCCGAAGCCUCGCUAUAAAGGAAAGAACUGCUCUUCGUUAGGGGCCCCAGUAGAUAUUCAACUUUGUAAUGUUUUUCCGUGUCCGAUACACGGCGGAUACACAGUUUGGGGAAACUUUACGCAAUGCACCGUGUCAUGUGGUAAUGGCACCAUGUAUAGAACAAGAAACUGCUCCAAUCCUGCACCUCGACAUCGGGGCGAAAAUUGCUCAAAACUUGGACCAGCUGAGGAAAUAAGAGCAUGUAACGAGCAUCCUUGUCCAAUACACGGUGGCUACACGCAGUGGUCGGAGUUCAGUCAAUGCUCGACAAGCUGUGGCAAUGGCACUCAUCGGAGAACGAGGCAAUGUUCCAAUCCAGCGCCAAAAUUUGGAGGUAAAAACUGCUCUCUGUAUGGUUUGGACAUCGAUGUCGAAAGUUGUUAUUUGAUUCCGUGUCCUUUAGAUGGUGGAUAUAGCACGUGGUCAAACUUCACUGAAUGUACCAAAUCAUGUAACGUCGGAAGACAUACUCGAACUCGGCAGUGUAACAAUCCUGUUCCUAAACACGGUGGGAAAGAUUGUUCGAGCCUUGGUUUAGAGACAGACGUACAAUUAUGUAACACAUUCCCCUGCCCCAUCCAUGGGGGAUACAACGAGUGGAGUGGAUUUGAGUCAUGUACACGAACCUGCGGAGGAGGAAAGCUCAUAAGGAGACGUUCCUGCAUCAAUCCGCCCCCUGCCCACGGAGGAAGAAAUUGCAGUAGCCAGGGUCCAAGUAUUGAGUCCAAGUCAUGCAACACGCAAAAAUGUCCGGAUAUUGUUUUCAAGAUAACAAUAAACUUGACGUCUGAGAAAUGGGACCCAACUUUAGCUGCUGGAAAAGGCCGGAGCUUUGACAGGCUGACGUUAAAAAUCCAUUAUGGGGUUAAAGCGAUUAUGGGAGAAUGGGCAGUAUCUGAUGUUGGAGAUUUCACCUUUAGACAAGGAAGCGUCAUCGUAGAUUUCUCUGUCAGCCUAUUUCACCAACCCUACCAAGGAAUUACCGCUCUUCAAGAUGCCAUCAACAUCGACAGAAAAAUAGAAAAUACACUAACGGUCUCACCUGUAAACCUCGCUUCACCGGAUGUCCCAUUUAUGGCACCAGUCAACAUCACGGCUAUUAACUCAAGCUCCACCUCAGUUCUCCUUACAUGGCUACCAAUUCCGAACGAGUAUUCCAAUGGUCCAAUUCUGGAAUACAGAGUUACUUUCUGGGAAUUAGGAAGUGAUAACUUAGAAAAAAGGCUAUGGAAGAAGGUGAUCGACGGGGAAAGACUGUCCUCACAUGUGACUAACUUGGAGAAGUUCACCACCUACCAGUUUAGAAUGGCAGGUGUCAAUCAUCGAGGAGUCGGAGUGGACAGUGAACCAAUUGAAACAAAAACAGAUCAAGACAAACCUAGUUCAUCACCGUGGGAUGUAAAAGCCAGUAACAAAAGCAGCACAACCAUUUACGUUAAUUGGUCUCCGAUCCCCAAACAGUUCAUUCAUGGAAUUCUAUUGGGUUACCAUGUUCAUUACACUAACUUGGAUCCUAAUGGAUACGAAGACGUCAUUACUCGUACAUACCCGACUGACCCAACCAGAACCUGGGCUCUAAUUACAAACCUGCUUAAGUUCACAUCAUAUCAGAUUCAAGUCAGCGCUUUUACAAUUAAAGGAGAUGGGCCAUUGUCGGAUACAAUCUUCGAGCGGACACAGGAGGACGUCCCUAGCCGGCCCCCAGGAAAUGUUAAAGGCAACAAUCUUACAUCCACAAGCAUCGUGAUCCAGUGGAGCCCAAUCUCCUCGCGCUAUGCACACGGUGUUCUCUUGGGUUAUAAAAUAUCUUAUGUAACAGCAGACGCCCCGAAUAAUCGAACAUGGAGCGAGACUGUAGUCAACCAGUCAGCAACGUCAGCGGUUAUUGCCAAUUUACGCAAGUUCACAACGUACAUGGUAUCUGUUGAAGGUUUUACCAACAAAGGAAGUGGAAUUGAGAGCAAAUGUGUGGCAGUGACCACGGAUGAAGACAGACCCGAUACCUUCCCUGCCAACGUCACCGGUUUCAACAGAAGCUCCACUUCUCUGUUUCUUGAGUGGAAACAUAUCCCUCCACAACACAGAAAUGGCAUUCUCCAAGGUUACAAGAUUUCAUAUUUCUCUAAUAGCUCUUAUGAGACAGUCUUGCAUCAGACAGUCCACGGUUCAAGGACGUCGACUACCCUUGAGAACUUGAAGAAAUUCACGUGGUACGUCAUCAGAGUGGCCGGGUACACCAGUAAAGGACUCGGUCCUUCACCUCUACAACCUUUAGUGAUAAGGACAAGUGAAGAUGUUCCUAGUAAACCUGUGAUAAAAUUAAAAGCUCGUAACACAAGCCACACGAGUCUCCUUGUGGACUGGAAAGACAUACCAAGUGACUACGUCCAUGGGAUACUAUUGGGCUUUAGAGUGCUGUUCUGGCGAUUCAAUGAGUCACGUGACACGUAUGAGAUCAGAGAGGUUCUUCCUGAUGAACGAUCCGUCCAUCUAAAAGAUUUGUGGAUUUACACCAAAUAUAAAAUACAAGUUCUUGGUUUCACGGCUGCUGGCGAAGGUGCUGUUAGCGAGGAAAUCGAAGUCUCAACUGAUGAAUACGUUCCCAGUCAAUCUCCUGUCAAUGUUCAAGCGAUGAACAAGACAAGUCCCACAAAAAUCGAGGUACAGUGGAAACCAAUCCCAGAUGAAUUUUACGUCCAUGGUAUACUGCGUGGUUACAGAGUACUGUACAAGGCGAUAGCCACUGCAGACGAGACGCCAGAGGAAGAGUCGGAAACUAAGAUAGUAACAGUAUCAAGCUCAAGCUUGUCUGCUGUUCUGGAAAAUUUGGAUGCAUACACCCGAUACGAGAUCGAAGUUCUGGCAUUUACCAUCAAGGGAGACGGGGUGAAGAGUGAACCUAUACGAGCAGAAACGUGUAACUGCUACAGCACUGUCUUCUCUAAUUGGUGGAUCAACCCGCCUUACGUUGACAGCCCCGAUUCCAACAAGAGUGGCAUCAUCACUCCUAUCCUAAAAGAAUCAGUUUAUUCCUGCUGUGGGAACUGCUCUGAGCAUGGAACCUCACGAAUAGACUUUGAGUACACUGCCUCUCUACGUCCUGCCAGGAAAUCAGGGCUUGUUCAGUUCAAGAACGGCUUUGAGGAGAAAACUGAGCUGCAUUUUCCAGUCUAUGGCUUCAUGGAUCAGACUCGGUUUUCAGACAAUUACGGAUUUGUUCCUUUCGUCCAGUCGCCAGGCUUGGCACUGAUCAUAAUCGGAGAUGAAAAGGGAACCGCUGCAAAUCUACUGCUCAAGUCACUGGCCUUUUGUUUCCCAGUACUCUUUUUGUCCAUUGCCAUGUUAUGGGUGUCCAGUUUGGCCAUGUGGUUUGUGGAAACUGCAGCUAAUGAACGCCACUUUCCUCGCAAUAUUCUACAAGGAAGCUGGGAAGCGAUGUGGUGGGCGUUUGCUUCCAUGACAACUCUCGGGUACGGUGAUCGGAUUCCAAGGACUCCGUUUGGUCGCCUGGUGUGUUUAACUUGGAUCCUUUUAGGCGUCAUCAUGGUGACUUGCUUUAACUCUACCAUGACAACACUGCUGACCGCGAGAAUUUUGGACAAAGAGGUUAAUUUAUAUGGAACCAAGAUUGCUGCAAUUCAGAAUUCAUCCGGGUAUCGUAUUGCUAUCAGGAAAAAUGCCCGAGUCAACCCCGGUGGCAAGGAGUACACUAAUCUGCAAGAAGUUUACGAAGCUCUAACCAGUCGAGAGGUAAAAGGAAUGCUUAUCGAUGCAUACACGGUAGGGAGUAAGAAACAUCUAUUUAAUCGACGGGAUCUACGCAUCAGUAAGCUACUGGACUACUCGGCUGCAUACGGUGUGGUGCUAGGAGGAGAGGCCAAGAAGAUACAGAAGUGUCUUCAAAAAUACGUCAGCGAGCAGCGCUCUGAGAUAUCCAAGAUUGUGAAGAAUAACGUGCAAGCAAUCGAGAUUACGCCUAAAAGCAUGUCUGUCGAGCGCUCGAGCAGUCUGUUUGACCCGAGGUUUCCCACGUACGUGCGUGCGCUGAUCGUCUGUGGUGUAAUCCUUGGUGUGAUGUGGCUAGUAGGAGCUAAGUUUGAGUUUGCUAAGAAGAUGGGAUGGGUAAAGUUCAGGAAAAAAGGUGCAGAGAGUCACUCUCUUCCAAGACGAGUGGAGUUGUCCAGACACAAAGAAGAAAUGAAGGCUGAUUUGUCCAGAAUCGUUGCCAUAUUCAAGAUCAACUGCUCGCGUCGUAUACAACACUUGAGGCAACGCCACAAAAAAGAACUGCUUCUUUUAGCCAAGCUCAAGAGACAAGCAAACAAUGCGUUAAUCCAUAAAGGAACUUUACGGAAGGACAGUUUAUUUAACUUUACUUUUGGACUAAAAACACUCGAGUUAAAUCAUAAUUCAGAAAGAAAUGGUCUAACAAAGCAUGACUCGUCACUGAAACAAGACGAUGAAUAUAUGGAAGCCAUCGUGUAGGGAGUGUAUAUAGUCGUCAACAGAGGCAGAUCCAGACCUUGAGCUAAAGGGGACACCCGGUUUUAUGUCGUUUGCCCAGCCGGUUUUUCUUCCUUCUGCGAUUCCUGUUCUUUUUUUUUUAUUAAAAAUAAGGGGGAAGAUUCGCCACUGGUCAAUCGAGAAGAGGGUAGCAAAGGAAUGGGGGAGAGGGGGGGGGGGGGGUCUUAAUCCCGUCUUAAACACGAAUUUUAGAAACAUUAACACGUCACUAGCACUUGAAACAGUAUUUCACGCGUCACGGAUUUUUAAGGGAAAAUUCAAAAUCUCACCCUCCCUCUGUAAAAUUUACGCGUCACAUAUUUAUUUUGGGCUUAAUUACGCGUCAAGUAGACACCUUCUGCCACCUUCCAAGAAUACUGAAUGUAUUUUAAGAGAAAAAAAUCCACUCUAAACUGAUAAAAGCGUACUUAGAAAAAAAUCUGGGACUACAAAGAAAAAGGAGUGAAAACUGACCUCCGAGCCAAACAGCCUAUAUAGCCUGCCAGCAGACGUGUGCGCAGUCAUUCCUGCACGCCAACGUCUGCUGUUAAUGGGGAAGAGUGAUUGCGUGACAUGAGGAGCAUGACAGUGUCUGCGUAGUAGGCUGAAGCUCGUAUGAAGGGAGAUGAAGUAUUUGCAUUUUCUCUCCGUUAAAAUUAAGGCUGAUGCUAUUUUGAAUCAACACAGUUUCUUGUGUCGUUAAGUCAGCAACCUUAACAAAUUUCAAAUUAUUUUAGAAAGGAUAGCGUUCUCUAAGAUUAAUUACUUCAACUCACAACUAUAACUGGCAAAAAAAUGUUAGGGUUUUUAACUGAACCAUUUCUAUACAAGGGAAAAAGUUUCAGAAAUCGUUUGAACACUGUAUCAUGACAACUUUUCAUCCAGUUGAAUCACUUCAUGUAUCCGCACACGGAACCUCUGUAUUCAUUUUAAAUUCUUAUAGCUGCCUUUAAUUUCGAGAUUCAUAAUGAGAAUUUUUUAUCCUAAAGAAAUAUUAUUUCUCUAAAAAAUAGUCAUUACUUAAUAAAGAAUUUCUCUUCUAGUCGAUCAAAAAAUUUCAUUUUAGCGUAAAGUAAAGUAAUGCCAACUGCUUUUUCCAAAUUUAACAUGACUUAAAUUCCCUUUGUUUUGGUAAUUGAGCCUAGAAGUUCCCCCUGGAAUAGCUGAGUAACACACAAGUCUUUCUCGUGCAGUGUGUAAAUAACAUGGCAUGGAUUGGUGAAAGAAAAAAUCUAAAUCUAUCUAAAAUAGCAAAAAAUUAUAAGCAAGAAGACAUCAAACAUAAUUAAUUAUACAUCAUUAACUUUAAGGAGAAAUAGUACAGAAGUCUGUUUGAACUAUUAAGGUUCAGUUGAUACAAUCAUUUAUUUUCUACACGUAUGUAACAUAAAAUAACAAAUUUUUAGUUAUCUUAAAAUUAGUUAUCUUUAAAUCUAGAAAUAUUUUUACACAAUAAAAACCACUGAUUAAGAAAUUGAAAAAAAAAAAUGAAUGUCUAUCUUUCAUUUCCCAACCAUCAUUGUGUUCUUCUACUAUUUGAUAGAAGGAACCAAUUUUUUUAAAUUAUAUUAAAUAAGGAAAUUUCAAAAAGGCCAGUAAUAAUUUGUUGUGAAUCCUAACUUCCUAAAUUUGGACCAUCAUUGAACAAGAAUGAUUAAAAAAAUUGGAAGUAAAAUGUGGAAGUGCCA